AUGAAUAAACGAUUGAAACAUUUAUUUCAAUGCUGCUAACUAAACUAAUUAAUCAGAAAGAAAGGCAAAAUAAAAAAGUAUGGGGGGAGCCAUAGUAUACCUAGACAGCGUAUUAGUGCCGUUGAGCCUCUUCUUCACAAUAGGAUACCAUGCUUAUCUAUGGCACAAUCUCCGCCACAAACCCUCCGUCACCUCCAUCGGCAUCAACAUGUUGAAGAGGAGAGCUUGGCUACGACAACUCAAUCAGGGAGAUGACAAGAAGGGCAUGUUAGCGGUGCAGAGCUUGAGGAACACACUAAUGUUUACAAUUCUGACGGGCACCGUCACAAUCCUAGUCACCAUCUCUCUGGCCGCCCUAACCAACAACGCCUUCAACGCAAACCACAUCCUCACAACAACCGAAUUGUUCGGAUCUCAAUCGGGACGGAUCAUGGUCCUCAAAUACGGUUCGGCCUCCAUAUUUCUGGUUGCGAGCUUCUUGUGCAGCUCCAUGGCCGUGGGGUUUCUGGUGGAUGCGAAUUUCUUGAUCAACGCCAUCGGAGAGUUCACGCCGGCGGCUGGUUACACGGAGGCAGUGGUGGAGAGAGGUUUCACUAUGGCGGUGGUUGGGAACAGAGUGCUCUGCGUUGCUUUCCCUAUGAUGAUGUGGAUAUUCGGGCCUCUGCCAGUGGCGCUGUCCUCUUUGGCUAUGGUGUGGGCCCUCUAUGAGCUUGAUUUUGUUUCAGCUACUAUCUAUAGACCUGUUUAAUAUAAUUGAUCAAUCAUAUAUUAUUGAAGAACUAUUUAACAACCAA